CCCUUUCAGAGAGUAGUGAAGAUAUUUUUCUUUAUAUGCUUUCCCCAUUUUUUCUUGUGCGUGCCAUUUUACUCGGUUUUCUCCAGUUUAUAGCUUACGAUUUGGAAUAGUGACAAGUAAAAACACAUCACAAUUCUCCAUCAUCCAAUUCCAAUGAGACAGCAGCUUCGAACAGGAAAAAAAAUGGAGUAGUUGCAGUGCUGAAGAAUAACAAGAGCUUUCCUCAUUCUGAGUUUGAAGAUGUAGUCGAGGAGGGUACCAGAAAAAGAAGUUCGAAGCAUGGAUACUGUGUUGAAAAUAGUUGAUCCAGUAAUUGAGUUUGUGCGGGAUCAUGGUAUUAAUCAGUUGACCUACAUUUUUUGUUACACAAAAUAUUUUGAGGAACUAAAUAAGAGAGUUAAGCGCCUUGGAGAAGAAAAAGAGAGGUUAGAUCGUCAACGUGAUAAAGCUAAAAGAAAGGGUGACAUUGUUGAAGAUAGGGUUGAAGAAUGGUUUGAGGAAGUGGGUGAAUUUGAGAUUAGGGUUGAGAAGUACAUGAAUAAUGCAGGUCACAAGAAGACAAGGGGUUUAUAUUAUUUAUUUCCUUACUAUAGACACAAACUUGGCAGACAAGCAAAGAAGAUGGAACCGGAGGCUUUGAGGCUAAAAGAUGAGUGCCCCAAGGAUGACGAAGUUUCCCAUGCAGAGAAUGUAACAUCUUUUGAUCUCACUUCGUCUUAUUCUGGCUACAUUGAAUUUGAUAGUAGAAAAUCCAUCGUGGAUGACAUAAUGACAAAACUUAAAGAUCCCAAUAUGAAAAUUAUUGGACUCCAUGGAGCACAAGGGAUGGGUAAGAGCACAUUAAUAAAAAAAAUUGCUAAUAAAGCUAAAGAUGAGGGGUUGUUUGAUAGGGUGGCUGAAAUAGAUGUAACUGAAUAUCCCAAUCCUCUCACAAUUCAGGCAGAUAUUGCACACGUGUUAGGAUUGCCAUUAGCGGGGGAAAGUGAGAAUGUAAGAGCUGAUUAUCUGAGGAGAUGGUUAAAGAUAGAAAAUGUGAGCAUCCUUAUAAUCUUGGAUAACCUUCAUGAAAGAUUAGACUUGAAUAGGUUAGGGAUUCCGGUUGAUGAUGAUUAUGACUUAAGAAAGAAGAAUGAAUUAAGCCUAAGUAACCAGGAAACUGCAGGCGGCAAAAAGGGUACUAGCGGCGGUGCACAGAGUACUGGCGCAAAAGUCCUAAAAAAAACAAAUUUCCUUGGUGAUUAUAAGGGAUGCAAAGUUUUGCUUUCUUCACGUGAUAAGAAUGUAUUUCGUGAUAAGGUUGAUGUUGAGUCAAAUUUUUGUUUAAAGGAAUUAGAUGGUAAUGAUGCCUUGAUGCUGUUUGAGAAGGUGAUUGGAGGAGGUAAUAAAAUGUCUAUGCCUAAAGAAGAAAUCCAGAACUAUUGUACAGGGUUGCCCAUGAGAAUAGUUACACUUGCAGUGGCAUUUAAAAACUGGAUUGAGUCAGAAAGCAAACCUACACUGGACAAAUUUAAAAAGCAAGGUCUGAUUGAAUGGCAAAAGUCUUCGGAGACUCCUAACAAGAAAAAAUAUGACAUUCCAAAAAAUAAGGAACUCAAGUUCAUUUACUUGCUUUGUGCUCAAAUGGGUCACCUACCCCUGGUUAAUGACUUGGUCAAAUAUUGCUUUGGAUUAGGUAUAUUUGAAGGGGUCUCUUCCCUUAGUGCAGCUCGUGAAAAAAUAAAUGAAUCGCUCCAAGAGCUGAAACACUUGGGUUUGGUGUCGUACGAAAAUCCUAAUAUUCAUUUCCAUAUGUCUUAUAUGGUUCGAGAUGAUGCUUUAAGUAAUGCACUCAUGGAUCACAAUGUUUUUGCUUUUAGAGAUGGAAAACUAGAUUAUUGGCCAAAUCUUGAAAAAUGCAUUUCUAUUUCUAUAUGCAAUAGUUACAUUACAGAUGGGUUUCCUCAGGUCAUAAAUUGUCCUCAACUUCAAUUUUUGCAAAUAGAAACUAUUGAUCCGUCUUUGGAAAUACCUCAGAGAUUUUUUAGCAGCAUGAAAAACUUGUUAGUUUUAAUAUUGACUGGUUUUCAUGUGUCAAGCUUACCAUAUUCAAUUAAAGACCUAUUGAACCUCAGAAUGCUUUGUUUGGAGCGGUGCACUUUGGAUUGCAAUUUAUCGGUACUGAGAAUGUUUAAAAAAUUAAGAAUUCUUAGUUUUUCUGGAUCUCAACUUAAAAAUUUGCCAGUUGAGUUACGAUACUUGGAUAAGUUGCGUAUGUUAGACAUCAGCGAUUGUUUCAAACUGAAGAUUAUUCCACCUGAUAUUUUUUCUAAUUUGACAUGUUUGGAAGAUUUGUAUAUAAGAAAAAGCUUGAUCAAAAUGUUGGUGGAAGAAAGGGAAAACAAAGGUCAUAAUUCAUUUCUUUCUGAGCUAAAGAAUUUGCAUCAGUUAAAAGUGGUGGACUUAAGCAUCCCGUGUGUUUCAAUUUUGCCCAAUCACUUAUUCUUUGACGGGUUAAAAGAUUACAAGAUUGAAAUUGGGGACUUUGAAAUGUUUUCUGUUGGAGAAUUUAGGAUGCCCAAUAAAUAUGAAGAACUCAAAGUAUUGGCAUUGCAGGUGAAGGACGACACUGAUAUUCACUCCCAUAAAGGCAUAAAAUUGUUGUUUAAAACAGCACAAAGUUUGUUGUUGGGAAAGGGAUGUGUUCAAAAAGUUGUUAACGAGUUGAAUAUAGACGGAUUUCAGAAUUUGAAACACUUAUGCAUCAUAAAUAACAAUGAUGUCGAAUAUGUCAAUUCAACAGAUUUGUCUAAUUAUGUGAACAUUUUUCCCAAUUUGGAAUCUCUAUGCCUCUGCAGCAUGAUGAACUUAAAGAUGAUAUGUCGCGGUCCAAUUAUACUUGAAUCAUUUGCCAAAUUAAAAACCAUCAAGGUUGAGAUGUGUUACCGAUUGGAAAACCUCUUCUCCUUUUAUGCAAUUAAAAUUUCUACUAGCACAGGAACAAGUGAGAUUUUUAAAUGUAAUUCUAACAUGAAGAAAUUUCUAGCUAAUUUAGAAAUGAUUGAGGUUUGUGAAUGUGAAUCUUUAAAGGAGAUCCUUCAAAUACCACCGGAUUGUGGUGAGGUUUGUGAAUGUGAAUCUUUAAAGGAGAUCCUUCAAAUACCACAGGAUUAUGGUAAGGUUGAGUUUCUCAAAUUACGAACUUUGACACUCCAAUCAUUACCAUCAUUUACUUGUUUUUAUACCAAAGUGGAGAGAUCUUGCUGGCCACAUUCGACAGAGGCUCAAACUACAAAUAGGAGUCACACAGAAAUUUCUGCUGAACAAGAUUGCCACAGUGACAAUGCGCCUCCUCUUUUUGGUGAACCAGUUGAAGUUCCAAACUUAGAGAACUUGAAUUUAUCCUCACUCAACAUUCGUAAGAUAUGGAGCGACCAACACUUAUCAAGUUUCUACUUUCAAAACUUGAUAAAGUUAGUUGUGAAAGAUUGUGAUAAAUUGACCCAUCUAUGUUCAUUACCUAUGGCUAGCAGUUUGAAGAAGUUGAAAAGCCUUGUCAUAAGUGGGUGUCUGAAAAUGAAAAAGAUUUUUGAGAUUGAAGGAAUUAGUGCAAACAAGGUUUGUGUCUUCCCUAAGCUGGAGGAAAUCCACCUUAGCAAAAUGAAGAGGUUAACAGAUAUGUGGCAAACUGAAGUGGGUAUUGAUUCCUUUUCCAGUCUCAUUUCCGUAAGGAUUGAAGAAUGCGAUGAAUUGGACAAGAUUUUUCCGAGUCACAUGGAAGGAUGGUUUGAAAGCUUGAUUAACCUGAAAGUUUCUAAGUGCAAAUCUGUGAAAGAGAUUUUUGAAAUCAAUGAUUCUCAAGAAAUAGAUGCAUCUGGCGGGAUAGACACAAAUUUGCAAGUUAUUCUUCUAGAAGAACUCCCAAAGUUGAAGGAAUUGUGGAGCAAAGAUCCAGAUGGAAUUCUCAACUUUAAAAAACUACGGACUAUAGAUGUAAGUAAGUGUGAUGAACUAAGGAAUUUGUUUCCGGUUUCUAUGGUAAAAGAUGUAUCAAAGCUUGAACGCAUGUCGAUAUUGCAUUGUGAGAGGAUGGUGGAAAUUGUUUCAAAUAAAGAUGCAUCAGAAGCUAACAAUGAUCCAUUAGAGUUUCCUGAACUAACAUUUGUGAGAUUGUACGAACUUCCAAACAUGAAGCAAUUCUACAAGGGGAGACAUCCAAUAAAGUGUCCAAAGUUGAAGGAAUUGAGUAUGGGCAAGUGUAUGAAGCUUAAAACAUUUCCACAAGAAACAAGUGAUGAAAAGUUUGUUUUCUCGACUGAAGCGGUAUUCCCUAACUUGGAGUAUAUGGAAACUGACUUCGAGGAAGCUCAAAAUUGGUUUUCGAAGUACCAAAUGCAGAAUUUAAAAGAGCUUAUUAUCUUGAAUUCAGUCCAGCGUCCAGAUCUUUUAUAUCCGUUUCUGUACAAAAUGCCAAAUCUAGAAAAGUUAAAAUUGACUUCCUCUUUUUCUGAAUCGUUAGAGACACUGCCAAGUACAAACAAUUGGCAGCAAGACAGAUUGGGAGUUGUAUUACAGUUGAAGCAAUUGCUUAUUUGUUCCUCAAAUAUAAAGGAUAUAGGAUUUGAACGAGACCAAGUUCUAGAGAGGCUGGAGCUUUUGAGAUUAAAAGAUUGCGACAAUUUGAGCAAUUUAGGUCCUUCCUCUGUAUCUUUGAAUUACUUGACAUGUUUGAAACUGGUGAGAUGUGAUGGAUUAAAGAAUUUAGUGGCAUCCUCCACGGCCAAAACCAUGGUUCAACUUAAGACCAUGAAGGUAAUCGACUGUCGUAAAGUAGAGCAAAUAGUAAGCAACGACGGAAGUGAAGAAGGCAAAGGGAUCAAAAUUGUAUUCAGCAAAUUGAUUUCUAUAGAACUUGUGGGGCUAAUGAACAUGACAAGUUUUUGCGGUUACAAGAACUGUGAAUUCGAAUUUCCAUUACUGGAAAUAUUGAUAGUAAGAACUUGUCCGAAAAUGGAGAAAUUCAGUGAAAGAGGAUUAAUAGCACCAAAGUUGAAAGAAGUAUUUGGUGUGGAGGGAGAUAAAAAAGCCAAAUGGCAGUGGGAAGGUGACUUGAAUGACACCAUACAAAAAGUUUUCCAUGAUAAGCUCAGUUUCACAUAUACUGAGGAUCUGUUCCUUAAAGAUGAUAGUAUCGCGCAACUAUGGCAAGCCAGUGGUUGGGUGCAGCAAAACAGCUUUGGAUAUUUGAAAAGCUUGACAGUAUGGAGAUGUGAUAGUGUAGUGCAUGUAAUUCCAUCUCAUUUGCUUUCUUGCUUUCACAAUUUGGAAGAACUACAAGUAGUCAGUUGCAGGAAUGCAGAGGUCAUAUUCAGUAUCAAUGAUGAGAACAGGGUGAUAACAAAAGCUUCCCCAAUAUUCCGUCUGAAAACAUUGAUUUUAGCUAAUCUAGGAAAACUGGAGCAUGUAUGGGAGAAGGAUCCGGAGGGAAUUAUGGGCCUUCAAGCGCUAGAGGAAAUGAAAGUUAUAGACUGUGAGCGUCUUAAAAGUUUGUUUCCAGCAUCCUUGGCCACCAGAGAUCUCACCAGACUUCAAGUGCUUGAGGUAGAAGAGUGUGCGGAAUUGACAGAGAUAUUUAAGAAGGAUGAAAAAGUUGAAGAAGGAGAAGAAGGAACAACACAACACUCUGCGUUUCCUUCUCUCACCACAUUGGAGCUGAAGUAUUUGCCAUCCCUUGAAUACUCUAUCCACUGCUCCAAACAACAGGAGAGUACAUCAAAUUUGAGAGAUUUGAGUGAGGGAGAUAUAGAAGAGUUAUGUCUUGGCUCACGGUCCAUUCCAAACUCCUACUUCGGUCUCUUAGAAUCUCUAACUCUGGAUGGUUGCAAGGUUUUAUCAGAUGUACUGCUACCAUUCAAUUUACUUCCUUUUUUAACUAAUCUGGAAACGUUGGAAGUUCGAAACUUGGAUUCUGUCAAAACCAUCUUUGAUGUCAAAUGUACAACACAAGACAGAGAGGUGGCAUAUAUGGGACAAACCCUUCUGAAGAAAUUAAUUGUAUCAAAGCUGCCAAAUCUGAAGAAUGUCUGGAAUGAAGAUCCACGUGGAAUUAUAAGUAUGUCCAAUUUACGAGAAGUAUACGUUGAGGAAUGUAAAACCCUUUCAAGUGUGUUUCCACCACGACUAGCAGUGGAAGAUGUACUGCUACCUUUUAGUUUGCUUCCUUUUUUAACUAAUUUGGAAACGUUACAAGUUCGAAACAGUGAUUCUGUCAAAGCCAUUUUUGAUGUCAAAUGUUCAACACAGGACAGAGAUGUGAUAUCUGUGGGACAAACCCUCCCUUUUUCUCUGAAGAAAUUGGUUUUAUCCAAGUUGCCAAAUCUGAAGAAUGUUUGGAAUGAAGAUCCACGUGAAAUUAUAAGUAUGUCCAAUUUACGAGAAGUAUACGUUGAAGAAUGUAAAACCCUUUCAAGUGUGUUUCCACCACGACUAGCAGUGGAAGAUGUACUGCUACCUUUUAGUUUGCUUCCUUUUUUAACUAAUUUGGAAACGUUACAAGUUCGAAACAGUGAUUCUGUCAAAGCCAUUUUUGAUGUCAAAUGUUCAACACAGGACAGAGAUGUGAUAUCUGUGGGACAAACCCUCCCUUUUUCGCUGAAGAAAUUGGUUUUAUCCAAGCUGCCAAAUCUAAAGAUUGUUUGGAAUGAAGAUCCUCAAGUAAUUCUUAGCCUGCACCAUUUACAAGAAGUUUGUGUUGAGGAAUGUGAAGGCCUUACAAGUGUGUUUCCAGCAUCAAAAGACAAAUAUAUUCUGAAACUUGAAAAUCUAGAAGUGAAAGACUGUAAAGGAUUGAUGACUAUUUUUGCAGAGGAUCCAAGAACAAAGCUAGAGCUUACAUGUCCCUUUGUGAGAUCAUUGGAACUUGAGGGUUUGCCCAACUUCAAGUAUUUUUACUACAGCUCACCGUAUACUGACAUUUUUACAGAUCUUGAAUCGCAUACCGAGAAUGAAGUCGGUACUGAAAAGUGGAUGUCAGUAGGGGAAAAUGGAAUGAAGAUGAUUUUGCGAGGAGAAUUGGAGAGAAAGGUCUUAGACAGCUUAAAAGCUCUUACUCUCUGUUUUGGUUCGGAUGUAUUUGGAUGUAAAAUUCUAGAAGAGGUUCGGAAUAUAGAGAAACUUGUGGUUUGUGAUGGUUCCUUCAAGGAGAUGUUCAGUUGUGAAAGUCCUAAUAAUGUGUUACAGCAUCUGAAAGUAUUACGGUUGGAGUCCCUUAGAAAGUUAGUUUCUAUUGGGCUAGAGAACUCUUGGACUGAUUCAUUUGUCAGAAACUUGGAAACCUUUGAAGUCAUCAGUUGUGAGAGUUUAAAAAGCUUGGUACUAUGCGGAGUGUGUUUCUCCAAUCUGACAUGUUUGAAAGUAGAAAAUUGCAAAAGGUUGUCACAUUUGUUCUCAUCUUCAACAGCCAAAAGUUUGCUUCAACUGAAAAGAAUGGAAAUAAAAGGUUGUGAAUCAAUUAAAGAGGUAGUGUCUAAUAAGGAGGAAUCAGAUGAGGAUGAGAUAAUAUUUCCGAAACUCAGUUGUUUGAAUCUUGAAGAUUUAAAAAAUCUGAGAAGGUUCUACGGAGGGAGUUUAAGUUUCCCAUCCUUAGAGGAAUUUUCAGUAAGAGGUUGCUCCCAACUGAUGAGUUUAUGUACUGUAGUGUCAGGCAAGUUGUCUGAAGCUAUUGAUCUCAACUCUGUUACGAGGAAGAGAUUUUUGAAAGAGAGAGCAUCAUGGUAUAAGAGUCUUGAAUUCAGAGAUAGGGCAGACCUACAAGAGAUGUGGUCUCUCGCACUGCAGAUACCUGACUUUUGUUUCACUAACUUGAAGAAAUUGAUUGUGAAUGAAUGCAACAUUUCAUCAGAUGCAGUGCUACCUUUCACUUUACUUCCUUUAUUACCCAAAUUGGAAACAUUGGAAGUUCAAAACUGUGAUUCCGUCAAAACCAUAUUUGAUGUCAAAUGUACAACACAAGACACAACCACUUCUCUCAAGAAAUUAGUUUUACGGAAGCUGCCGAAUCUGGAAACCAUUUGGAAUGAAGAUACUGAUGAAAUAGUUACAGAGCCUAAUCCAGCCCAUCCAGAAGUAACAAAUCCUAAGCUUACGUUCCCCACUGUCACAUCAUUCACACUAUGCGAUUUGCCCAACUUCAACCAUAAUACUAUCUAUUGCAUUAAUGAAGCAAUAGCGACAUCUGAGCUAAUUAUACCCAACGUAGAGGAUCUGACAGUGGGUAAAAAUGAAUUAAAGAUGAUUGUGGACGGAGAAUUUCAGACAAACCUUUUACACAACUUAAAAGUUCUCGGUCUGUCCUUUGAUAAUGAGUGUGAUGAAUUUCCGGAGUAUGGAUUUCUACAACAGUUGCCAAAUGUAGAGAAGCUUAUGGUGUGGAGUAGUUCCUUCAAGCUGAUUUUCUGCCAUCAAAGACCUAAUAAUAGUGAACUUCUAUUACAGCUCAAAGAAUUACGCUUGGAGUGCCUUGAAAAGCUCGUUUUCAUCGGGUUAGAAAACCCAUGGACUGAGCUCUUUGUCAGUAAUCUAGAAACUUUUGAAGUCAUUACAUGUUCAAGUUUGGAAAACUUGGCAACAUGCACAGUGUCUUUCACAAAUCUGAGAUGUUUAAAAGUAGAAAAUUGUGAUGGCUUGUCAUAUUUGUUCACAUCCUCAACAGCCAAAAGUUUGGGUCGACUUGAAAGAAUGGAGAUAAAACAGUGUAAAUCCAUUGAAGAAAUAUUGUGUGGGGAGAAAUCAGAUGAUGAGGAGGAUGAGAUAAUAUUUUCACAGCUCAGUUGUUUAGAACUUGCUAGUUUACCGAAUCUGAGAAGGUUCUAUAGAGGGAAUUUAAGUUUCCCAUCCUUGGAAGAAUUAUCAGUAACACAUUGCAAUGAUAUGGUAACUUUAUGUCCAAGUACGCUAAAAGCAGACAAGUUGACUCAAGUGAGAAUUGAAUACGGAGAAGUUAUUUCACUGGACACUGAUCUCAACUCUACUACGCGGAAGGAAUUUGGGAGAAAGAUUUCAAAACUUCAAGAACUUAAACUCAAAAGUAGACCAAAAUUACCAGAGAUAUGGCAUGACCCAUUGUAUAUACCUGACUUAUGUUUUAGUAAGUUGGUCACCUUGACUGUGAAAAACUGUCAGUUUUUAUCAGAUGCAGUGCUACCCUUCCAUUUACUUCCUUUAUUACCAAAAUUGGAGACAUUGGAAGUUCGAAAAUGUGAUUACGUGAAAACCAUAUUUAAUCUCAAACGUGCGACAAAAGACACAUUAGUUACUCUUCCUCCGAAGAAAUUGACUUUAUCCAACUUACCAAACCUGGAGAAUAUUUGGAGUGAAGAUCCUCCUGGAAUUCUAAUCAUGCAUCAUCUAAAAGAAGUAUAUGUUAAGGAAUGUAAAGGCCUUACAAGUGUGUUUCCAGCAUCAGCAGCCAAAGAUCUUGUGAAACUUAAAGAUCUAGUCGUGGACGACUGUGAGGGAUUGAAGGCAAUUGUUGGAGAGGAAUCCAAGGAGGAUGAGAUAAUAUUUCCGCAACUCAUGUAUUUGAAGGUACAAAGUUGCAACAGCCUGCCAUAUUUGUUCACAUCUUCAACGGCAAAAAGUUUGGGUGAACUAAAAAGUAUGAAGAUAAAAGAAUGUAAAUCAAUUGAAGAGAUAAUAUCAAAGGAGGGGGAGGAAUCUGAUGAGAAGGUAGAAAUAAAAUUUGAGCAGCUCCAAGAUUUGUAUCUUGAAAAAUUAGAUGAGCUAAGGUGCUUUUACGAUGGCAAUUUUACUUUAAAUUUUCCAUCCUUGGAGGAAGUCCACGUCAUCAAGUGCAGCUCCAUGAAAACUUUCAGUGCAUUCAACAAAAUAGAUAAUCCGUGGUAUUAUUCAGAAUAUGCGAGACCUCGAAAAAUAACUCAUCUUAAUUCUGCUUUACACAGAACUUCCGAAGAAGAGGCUCCCAAUGCUUCUAGUGCCAUCAUCUCAGUUCUUCAAUAGUUCAGAUACUCAUAGAGACAGUGAACAUGGUAAAUCAACAUUAACUGAUGCUACUAAAAUUGGUAACUUUUUUAUGGUGAGUGAUACUAUAUAUCAUUUGCUCUGUGUACGCGAAGGGGAGUUCAAUAUCACAGCAUAACAUGAUGGUUACGUAAGAUUAGGUUGAGCCUCUAGUUGCCGACUCCAAUAUUGCGGUAAUGAAGAAAAGAUUGAAGGCCUGAAGAAUGGAUGAAGAUCAAUGUGUACCCGAUUUUAUUACGUGUGAUUGUGUUUUAAAAAAAUGAAAAAAAAAAGUGUUGUUAUACCUAGUUGAAGAUAAAUGUGGCACUAUUUUAUUAGGUAUGAAUGUUUAAAAAAAAUUAAAAAAAAAUUGUGUUGUUCUACCUAGUUGAAGUAGAAUGUGUCACUAUUUUAUAAGGUGUGAUUGUGUUUUAAAAAAAAAAUUAAAAAAAAAAGUGUUGUUGUACCUAGUUGAAGAUGAAAGACAUUAUUUCUUGUAUAUGUAAUGUGUGGGAUUAAAAGUGAUGAACGGUCAUGAAUAUUGAUUGAAGGCUGUAUCACUAAAUAUUGAGUGUGGUUUAUUAGUAUAUGUGUGCUUAUGCUGGUAAAAAAUGUGCCUGGAUUCAUUUGCUGUUAAUUUUAUCUUGAUGUGAUCAUAAUGAUUCUCUAUGUACUCAACUGUUAUUAAAGUUCACUUUUGAGUCCUCUG